AUGGUAGCGACCGCCCCUCUGCUCCAACGCAUCUUCCGCAAACUAAACCCUCAACACGGCAAACGAUGGCCACCAAGGCCAACAAAAGCAGCCCUAAAAGAAUUCAUGACAAGGACCCCAGCGACGGAUAUCAACAUCUGCCCCCCAGGUAGUACAGAUCCCUCCCUAGCCGUCCGCGACAGUAUGUUCUUCAACAAGCUCCCACCGGAGCUACGUCGGCAGAUCUACGUGCUUGCAUUUGGAAAUGGGGUCGUGCAUGUUGAGGAUGAUGGCACGGACCAUUUAUCUAGGAUGGCUUAUUUCUGUCCAUAUGCACUUGACUGGCGUUUGCCCCGGGAGGAUGAUUGCGAGGAUGCGUAUGGUAGAGCGCUGGAUAAGUUUGGCAGGGUUCUUAUUGGAGUUAUGGGGUGGUUGUUGAGCUGUCGGUUGGCGUACAUCGAAGCAAUUGACGUGUUAUAUUCCGCCAACACCAUCCGCCUGCGCUCCGUGGGCAUGCUUCCACGACUACCAAACCACCUCCCCCCACGAAUACUGCAAUGCAUCACCUCCGUCGAGCUCACCCCCAAGGUCCCAUUGCUAUCAAUACCAGAAGACUUACUAUGUUCACUACCACGAUCAAUAUUUCCACGCCUACGCAAGCUAUAUCUCUUGCUCAGCGACAUAGAUCCUUUACCAUGGUACCCUUACGGUGUCUUCUUCGGAGAUGACCGCAAUGAGGCAACAGAAGUGGUCGCGCUUCUUAAGAGAGCUGAUCGUAUGGCGCAGAAACUGCUUUCCCCCCCUUCUCGGUUGGAAAUGUUCGAGAUCGCUGUUAGGAAUGCUACGUUCCAGAGUCUUGUUAGUGCGCAGAGGAAGCAACAGACGACGGUCGUACAAAAGAGCCCGCGCUAUCAGCAUGCAGAGCGCUUCUGGAGGAGUUUGGGGGAUGUCGACGUUGAAGUUGAUGGAGCUAUUGCGGUGGGUCGAAAUGAUACGAAGAAGCUUGGGUAUUGGAUUGGCUUAUGA